AUGGACUUCCUCAAAAAUCUCCACCUCGACGACAAGAAGCAGUCUUCUGACAAUCAUACCGAGCCCACGUCCCAGCCUUCCACAGCAUCGCGCGCCGGAUCUUUCUUGAACAAACUGGGAGAUGCUUUGAAUGAGCACAAAUCCCCCACUCCAACCGCCUCUGCGCCUGCUCCCCAAGUUGCCACCGCUCCAACACCAUCCACCGCAUCGAACAAAGAAGAUAUCUUCUCGAAGAUCGGGGGAGCACUUUCCGGCCGUAAGACACCAGAGGCUGCCCCUGACCCUGCCCCCUUUGCUGUUCCCGCUUCUUCAUCUGGCAAAGAGGAUAUAUUUUCCAAGAUCGGAGACGCGCUGUCCGGAAGGAAGACACCCCCGCCUGUUUCUGUUGCUGCACCCACCCCUGCACCCGCUUCGUCGCGUAAAGACGACCUCUUCUCCAAGAUCGGCGACGCGAUUUCAGGCAAACCAUCCACCCCACCUCCCGCACCCGUAGCUGCACCUGCACCACGCAAAGAUGAAAAUAUAUUCCACAAGAUUGGCGACGCAAUUUCCGGGAAACAGACCCCGCCUCCUGCACCCGCUCCUCGUAAAGAGGAGAAUCUACUAUCCAAAAUCGGAGAUGCUAUUGGCCGCAAGCAGACACCUCCGCCUGCACCAGCGCCUCAGAAGCCGCAGAACUUGGUCGGCAAGUUGACUGAAGCUGUCGUGGGCAAAAAAGAUGAGGCUCCUCCACCGAAUCCCAGUCUUAUCCACCAAAUCUCGGAGGUCGUUGUUGGGCCUAAGAAACAGGAGCAGCAGAAGCCGCAGGGACUGAUGAACAAGAUCAACCAUUCACUUGGUGGUGGCUCCAAGGGCGAGGAGGAGGAGGACAGACUGGAUAAAGCAAUCGACAUGUUCCAAGAGCACAUCUUGAGAGAAGGUCCUCAGAACAACGAGUCGGCAUUGGAGCAGGCCAAAGAUAAGCAAAUUGCAAACAUGAUCAGGACUACAGUUGGGAUGAAGGAGAAAAAAUGA